AUGGGGAAAUUUUCGCAAUCAACCGUCUUUACAACUCAUUCCAUGGCAGUUGGUUAUUUUAUUGUCAUGUGGGUUAUCGCUCUCUGGUUGGAAAUUUUUGAAGUACUUCCGUUCUUGUUUCAAAACUCAACCCAGCUGCUCGCUGUAAAUUUGGUUCUUUUUAUCUAUGCCAUGAUCAGCGUCAUUGGAAACUAUUACUACCUAGUAACUACUGACACGUCUUCUGAGACAAAUGGUGCGUUAAAUGAGGAGAGAGAUGGAGUUUUUUACUGCCAGUCGUGUGCACGAAAUUCGCCUCCAAGAGCACACCAUUGUUCGCUGUGUGACAGGUGUAUUCUAGGGCGUGACCAUCACUGCUACUUCGCUGGCACAUGUAUUGGUCACGCAAACGCGCGAUUCUUUGUUGUUUACGAUUUCUUUGUGUUCAUCACGUCCGCUUAUGUUGUCGUUAUAAACCUUAUUUAUCUGCACCAAAUAAUUGGCCCUUUUAUUCCGUUAAGUUUUGAAGCAAUCUGUAAGAUAGUUCCACUGUUGACAGUGUUUAAACUCUGGAGCGGAAGUGUCACGCUAUUUCACUUUCUGGUUAUUGUUGUGACAUGGCUUGGAAUUAUGCAUGUUUUGGGAUGUUCUGCGUGUUUCUUCUUUCAAAUGUCAUUGAUUUUUGCUGGACAGACAACUUAUGAAUGGCAACACAACAUAUUUAUUUAUGAUCAAGGAUGGAGGAAAAACUUUCUGGGCAUUUGUGGAAGCAUGUGGUAUCUUUGGUGGUUAUUUCCAGUAUUCCAGAUGCAAAAACUUGCAUCAAAAGAGGAAGACAACUUCACCCAGUAUAACUCAAAAAUAUCUAAAUACAUCUAA